AUGGUAUGUCAAACAUAUAAAAAUGUUGAAAAGAAUACGAUAGAAGCCAUUUACAAAUUCCCACUUCAUGAAGCUGCAGCAGUAUGUGGAUUUGAAGCUGAAAUUGAUGGAAAGAAAAACAUUAAAGGAAUAGUCAAAAAGCUAGACAGGCCGUGCAAGAAUAUUACGAGGUCAUUCAGAAGGUUAUGGGGCUUACCUCAUCGAAGAACAACUCCCAGAUCUGAAUCUGAAAAAGUUCGAUUUGUUUUUCCUACUGCCAUUGCUCCGCAAUAUAGUUCAUCUGGUUAUUCCCUGCAAAUGAUGAGAAAAACUUAUUCCUAUAAAGUACCUUAUUCAGGAAAGACUGACUAUUAUUUAGAUCUUACUAUUACAUGUAGAAUAACUUCUGUUAUUCAAAACAUUGAAUCACCAUCUCAUCAUAUUUCAACCAAAUAA